AGCUUCCAACAUCAAGUAAUACCUUGAAUUUCAUUCUCAUUUUUUAUCAUUUUCUAAGCUCUUAAAUCAUCAUCAUCUAUCAUGGGUGUCUUCACAUACGAAACCGAGUUCACCUCAGUCGUUCCUCCUGCUAGGUUGUUCAAAGCCCUUGUUCUGGAUGCUGACAACCUAGUCCCAAAGAUUGCUCCACAAGCAAUUAAAAGUGCUGAAAUUGUUGAAGGAGAUGGAGGUGUUGGAACCAUCAAGAAGACUAGCUUUGGUGAAGGAAGUGAAUACGGCUACGUGAAGCACCAGGUUGACGCGCUUGACAAAGACAACUUUGUGUACAACUACAGUUUGAUUGAAGGAGAUGCUCUUUCGGACAAAAUAGAGAAAAUCUCUUACGAGAUUAAGUUGGUGGCAUCUGCAGAUGGAGGUUCAGUCAUAAAGAACACCAGCAGCUACCACACCAAAGGUGAUGUUGAGAUCAAGGAAGAGAAUGUUAAGGCCGGCAAAGAGAAGGCCCAUGCUUUGUUCAAGAUUAUUGAGACCUAUCUUGUGGCCAACCCUGAUGCCUACAACUAAACAUGUCUGUGAUAUUGCAUGUUUGGACAACAAUCUUCAUCUGUCGUCCCUUUUUCUGUUUAGUCAAUGGUGUGGUUUUAAAGAGUAAUGUACUUGCAUUUUAUUUCAAUUUUUCAAUAAAGAAAAUUUGGACACAAUUAAUUUGA